AAAACAGCGUUUAACAGCUGAUAUCAUGCACCAGGCUAAUGGUGGCCCUGAUAUCCAAGUUCAACAACACAAUGGAGACUUCGUCGCGGAGAACACUCGCAAUUCCGUGGAGAAUGGGGCUUGUGCUUCGAAUGGAGAAAUGGAUAGACAUGAGGACGAACGUCUGAAGACUCCCAUGUCUAAAUCUGACCAGGACAUUAUUCGAUUGAUUGGACAGCACCUACGAGGAUUGGGACUAAAUCGCACAGCUGGCCAGUUGAUGCUGGAAUCUGGGUGCCGACUCGAGCAUCCAUCUGCUGCACAGUUCAGGCAACAUGUGAUGGAUGGAGACUGGGAAAAAGCUAAAGAAGACCUGGAUGAAUUAGGUAGACUUGUUGAUGAGCCUGAAGGAACACAGAAAAUGAAUUUUUUGCUGCUUGAACAAAAAUACUUGGAGGGUCUGCAAGAUGGACGAAUGUUGGAAGCACUUCAGUGCCUGCGACAUGAGUUAACACCACUGAAGUACAAUACAGAGCGUGUGCACGAACUUAGUGGGUACAUGAUGUGCAGUACUCCAGAAGAGCUUAUGCAAACUGCGAAAUGGGAAGGGAAAGGACCCUCGUCUCGCAUUAAACUUAUGGAAAAACUACAAUCAUUUCUUCCACCAUCUGUGAUGUUGCCUCCAAGGAGGCUGCAGACUUUGCUGCUGCAGGCUGUGGAACUGCAACAGGAGCGUUGUCCGUAUCACAAUACAACCGUAAAUACUGGCCUGGAAAAUGUGUCUCUUCUCAUGGAUCACAUGUGCAGCAGGGAGCAGUUUCCCUGCCAGGUAAUGCAGACGCUGAAUGAUCAUUGUGAUGAGGUUUGGUUCUGCAGAUUUUCCCACAAUGGAACAAUGCUGGCCACAGGUUCUAAGGACCAGACACUAAUCAUCUGGGAUGUAGACAUGGAUACCCAUCAGUUGAAGCAUCGAAGAACGUUUGAUGGUCAUUCAUAUGGUGUAUCAUACAUUUCCUGGUCACCCGAUGAUAAAUACGUUGCGGCGUGUGGCCCCGAUGAUUGCUCUGAACUGUGGGUGUGGAACGUUGAGACUGGAGAGCAAAGAGUAAAAAUCAGCCAUUCACCUGAAGACAGCCUCAUCUGUUGUUCCUUUCACAAAGAUGGGAAAAAGUUUGUGUGUGGUGGCACACGUGGCCAGUUCUACCAAUGCGACCUAGAUGGAAACUUAUUGGACUCCUGGGAGGGAGUGCGGGUGCAAUGCCUGUGGUGUCGGAACGAUGGCAAGACUGUCUAUGCUGCUGACACUCACCACCGCAUUCGUAUCUACAACUUUGAAGAGUUGAGCGAUUCCCAAGUGAUACAGGAGGACCAUCCUAUCAUGUCUUUCACUGUUUCGGAAUCGGGACGCCUUGCUUUACUUAACGUAGCUAAUCAGGGACUGCACUUGUGGGAUCUGCAAGAUCGUGUGCUAGUGCGCAAAUUUCAGGGAGUCACCCAGGGAUACUAUGCCAUCCAUUCGUGCUUCGGUGGUGUCAACCAGGACUUUGUCGCGAGCGGCAGCGAAGAUAAUAAGGUGUACAUCUGGCAUAUCAGGAGAGAGCAGCCGAUAGCUGUGCUGCGUGGCCACCUACGAUCGAUAAACUGUGUCAGCUGGAAUCCUGCGCUUCCCAGCAUGCUCGUCAGCGUGUCCGACGACGCCACUAUCAAGUUAUGGGGACCAGCCGAAGAGCACCGCCAGAGAAAAGCACAAGCUAACGGCGCACCGUCGAGCGACUGACCAGUGCCGGAUGCAAACUAUAGGAAAUUGAUCAUAAGCUUACCCCCUCUCUCCGUGUCAACUCAGUCUAUAGGCCAGUCCUCGUCAGUGGUUAACGUGACCCUUCAUUCUCACCUGCGCGAAGAAGAACAUUAGGUGAACAGUACGGAUGUCAAUGAAACGUCACGAUAUUAAACCAACUCAGUGCUUUCGAUGGCAACCAGUACGCAGUAACCAUGUACACGCACCUUCGCAAAUGCGUGGGGGCGGGCGUGCGUGUGUACGUGUCAGCAAAUAUAAGCUUGCAGUUAUGGGCCAUCUUGCUCGUGUGUCUAGCAGUUAUUUCACGAUGCAUUGAAUCUCAGUCUCUCCAGCUGCCAAUGCCAAUAGAGUUCGUCGUAAUUGGCAUGGGAGAGAGUGGAGAAAACAGAAAAGUGAAUAUGCUGAGGCACAGCAGCGUGACAAAAUAUGCAUAUGUGAGAUAAAUCUACCCUGUAUUCAGUAAAGAUGUUAGUAUUUUAAACGAAACACAUUUUCUAUGUUUGGCCAUUUGGUUUUGCAAUGUAGAUUGUUUGCAAGAGUGUUUUUGUGUUUGAGUUGUCAUUAUGCUGUGGUCACAGUGUUUAUAUAUAUAUAAAUAUGACAUAACGGCUUUACCCGAUGAGCCCUCUUAGCAAUUGGUGGAAAGCAAAACUCAAUAGACUUUCAGCAAAAUGAACUAAGACGUUCAUGACCUGUUAGCGAUUACCAUUGUUAUACUGAGUUCGCUUAAGGGCCGGACACACUAGGCGAUUUAAUCGGACGACUUUAUCGCCCAAUUCUAUCGCGCGAGUCGAGUGGACA